AUGAAUUUCGAAUCAUUAGCCAAUGAAUUAUUGCUUUAUAUGUUCGAAUUUCUUUCUACUCAUCAUCUUAUCGAUGCAUUUCAUGGUCUUAAUUCACGAUUCAAUUGUCUUCUUUUUCAUCAUUUUACUGUUACAGGUAUCGAUUUUCGAUCAUUACAUGCCGAUAAAUUUGUUACAAUCUGUCAAGAAUAUGUCCCAAGUUUGAUCACUCAACUACCUCCAAUGCAGAUAUCAAAGCAAAAGUGUUUUCAAUCACUGAAUCAAUUCAAUACUCAUAAUUUUGCACUUACUCAAUUUAUUCAAUUGAGAUCAUUUCCAUUAAGCAAUCCUUUACAAAAACCGAUUCCGAAAAAAAUCAUCUUAGGAUUGUUUCACUUAAUUAAUCUUACAGAUUUGAACUUCAGUCAGCAUUCUUUGGUAGCAGAUGACUGUAAGCAUAUGUCAACUGACUAUUCUUUAAUAAAUUAUGUAUGGAGUCUACCAAAUCUCAUUUAUUGUCAUUUGGACGCUACUAGUUGGCAUCAUUUGGGUUAUGGUAACUUCGUAGUGCCUACGGUGAUGUCGUCAAGUAUCACAAAUCUGUCUAUAUUGCAUCUAGAUACAUACUCUUUUGAUCUCAAUCAACUAUACGUGAAUACACCAAAUCUUCAACAGUUUUCGAUAUCAUUUUCUGACAGUUUUCCUCAGCAAAUUCUAACAUCACCUGUUCUAUCAAUCACAUCUUUAGAGCUGUCGCUAAGUGAACAUCAAUAUGAUCUACUUAAUAUGUUACAAUGGAUGCCUAAUUUAUGUCGAUUGAAAAUGAAUUGUUCUUUUUACAUCAGUGGAUAUAAAUUGGAAAAUAUUAUUUCUAAUCAUUUGCACAAAUUAAGAAAAUUCGAUUUUAAACUAUCAGUAUGCUUUGAAGAUGAUAAUAUGACCGAAGAAGUGGAUGAAUUACUUAGUGCAUUUAAAACAACAUUUUGGAUUGAUCAGCAUCGUUGGUUUGUGCAAUGUCAAUGGUAUCCAGCCACGUCAAACUAUGACCUUUUUACUUUAUCAUAUGCUUUUAAUGAUGUUUGUAUAAAGUAUCCAUUACUCUUGAAAUCUACUUAUCCUCAAAAUGACUACCAUCACAUAUAUGACGCUGUACGUUGUUUAAGAUAUGAUAAUGAGACUAGAAAAUGCUCUCAACAAUAUGAUAUUCGAUUCUACAAACUAGAAAAAUUGGAAGUACAACUUCCUGUUGAUGAACAUUUCUGGUCAAUUGUUCCAACAUUCGAUCGUUUAAUUUCAUGCGACAUAAUAUCACAUGAGAAUAGCAAAGAGUGUCAAGAUCAGUUACGAGUUCUUCUGUCUCGUGCAUUCAAUCUGUUGUUUCUAAAUCUUCCACGUUUAAAAACAAAUGAUUCUCUAGUAGGCGUAUCAUCGCAAAUCGACGAUAGAUUGAAAAAACAGCUCGAUCUGAAAGAACUUGUGGGUUCAUUUGACGAGAAACAAUGUCUGACUUUCUGUCAUUUACCUCUAGCUGCACAGUGUGAAGAACUUCACAUUUGUGUAAAAAAUCGCAUAUCAAUAUGUGAUCUUGUUAGAACAAUGCUUCAUUUGCGGUUAUUAUUUGUGAAAUGUGACGAUGAUAAACGACAAAAGCGAUCUGUAAUCAAACAAGAUAAAGAACAAGAAAAAUCAGAGGAAGAUGAACUUGUCAACUGGUUAAGACAGCAAUUGUCAAAUGUGCAGCGAUUGGUUCGAAUAUCUCGUUGGGGUUCUAUUAUUGUAUUGAGAUUUUUUUAA